GCCGCCCUUUAAGCCGCGGUGAGCCCUGCGCGCUGCGGGAGUAGGUUCCCAUAAAGUCGGGACGCCUUUCACAGAUAAAGUUUGGCUGGCUCUCUUGCACCCGGCCCCCGCCGCCUCGGCGACCCCUCUCCCCGCGGCAGGCGCGGGCGGGGAGAUGGCCGCGGGCUGGGCGGCCGGCGUGGGCCCUUCCCGGCGCAAAGGGGCGCCGCGCGCGUAGCUGCCGCCACGCUGACCUCCCACGGGCUGCUGUGCUGAGCCCCCGCGGCGGGCGAAGGCGGACGCCCGGUGGGCCGGGAGGCGGCGGCGUCAGCGGCCGGAGGGUCCGUAUGGCCGCUCCCCGCCGGCCCGUAGUGUUCGCCACGGAGCUCGCCGGAGGCGCCUCGGGCUCGGGGCUGCUGUGAGCCGCGCCGCCUGCGGGGAUCGACCUAGCUGUUCCGCGGAGCCGCGGGCAGGAAACAAGAACCAGGAGGCGGCGGCGGCUCUUCCUCCCAGAGGGCGAUGUGGCCGGCAGGUGCGGGCACCAGACUGCCCUGUCCCCGGGACUCUGCGCUCCGGCGGGCGGCUUUCUCUGGGAACCUCACCGCCCUGCCUUCUCACCUCGUGCCCGCCGGCCGAAGCGUCCGGGUCUUCAUCAGCGCCAACCCCGAAGACACGGGAGCAGAAAGACAGGCACUAAGAGAAAAUGUGUAUCCUAAAUUGAGAGAAUUCUGCAGAGAAAACUAUGGAUUAGAAUUUCAGGUCAUAGAUCUCUACUGGGGCAUCGAAGAAGACGAAUGGGACAGCCCAGAGCUCCAGAAGACUCGCAUGAAGCUGCUGGAGGAUUGUUUGAAAACUUCUGCAGGUCCAUGUUUUGUUGGACUGUUAGGUGAAAAGUAUGGGAACAUUCGAAUCCCUGGAGAAGUUGAAGCCUCAGAGUUUGAAAUGAUUUUGGAUGCCGCCAUAGAGGCAAAGCUGGACACCAAGCUUCUGGAAGAGUGGUACUGUCGCGAUGAGAACUCAGUGCCAGCAGCUUAUUACCUCAGACCUAAAUCGGAAAUGCUGAAAAGCAAUAAAAAUGCAAUGCAGCCUCCUGCCAAAGCUGACAAUGAGAAGACCUGGCAAGAGAUAUCAGAUGAGAUCAAGAAGAUAUUUAAGGCUGCCGUAAAACUGUUACAUGAAAAGGGGAAAAUGAAAUAUAACCAAGCUAAGAGGUACCUGUUCUCAGCGAUAGAGGACGAGUUUGACUUUGCUCUAGGAAAGCAAACUCCAGCCUUCCUGAAGAAGUGUGUUUGCUACAUUCGGAAAAUCGCUAACAUUGAGCGUUUUGUGAAAAUCCCAGAGAUGGGAAAGUACAUGGAUAUCACUGGCACAGAACCAAGGAUGAUGCGGGACGCAGAAGCCCAAGAGAAGCUGAUAAAACUCAGGGACGAAUUUAUCCCGACUAUUGUCGCGUCAUCUAAUCUCAGAGUGUACACGUCUGUUACUCAUUGUGACAUGAAACUGGGCUAUUCCCAAGAAAUAGAAAAUCAUUACAUAGAAGGACUUGGUAAACAGUUUUAUGAGGACAUGAUCGAUAUCAUUCAGGCAACCGUCCAACAGAAUUUUGACACCGAAACUGACACGCUCUACGAUGAAAUCCUUCAGCAUUCCUCAUUGUGUAAGACGUACGCCUCCUUCUAUGAGUACAAAUGUGAACCUCUCAACAUCGUGCAUAAGUACGUUCUGCCAAGCAAAACUGGGCACAUCAACCCUCUGGUCAUAUACGGAGGACCGUGCACUGGGAAGACGCUCCUGCUAGCCGAAGUAGCGAAGAAGGCCUAUGGCUGGCUACAUGAAGACACAGGACCAGAAUCCGACCCAGUAGUCGUCAUGAGAUUUCUAGGUACCACAGACAUGAGUACUGACCUUAAGACUCUCCUUCUAAGCGUUUGUGAACAAUUAGCAGUCAACUACCGGUGUCUGGUUCAAAACUACCCUAAGAAGAUCCAUGACCUCCGUGACUUGUUUAUAAAUCUUUUGAAUGAGUCUUCAUUGCAGAGACCUCUAGUAAUAAUAUUCGAUGCCCUAGAGCAGCUCUCAGAGAGUGACGAGGCCAGGAAGCUUUGGUGGCUCCCAGCUCACCUUCCCCGCUUCGUACGAAUAGUCCUGUCCACACUGCCUAACAGACAUGGGAUCCUGCAGAAACUGAGGUGCCUUAUCCAUGAGGAAGCCAACUACAUCGAGCUGAUUCCCCAGGACAGGAAGAUGUGCAGCCAGGUCCUCAAACACCAGCUGCUGCGGGUCAAAAGGAAGGUCACAUCAGGCCAACAGAUUUACGUGAACAACGCAUUCUCCAAGUGCACGCUGCCCAUGUUUGUGAACCUGACCUUCAGGGAGGUGAGACACUGGAGAUCACACAAAGACGUCGAUGAAUCCUCCCUGUGUGUCACGGUUCACGAAAGUAUAGAGCAGCUCUUCUGGUCCUUGGAGAAGAAGUGUGGUCAGAAACUGGUCUCCAGGGCUCUUGGUUACAUCACCAUGGCCAAAAUGGGUUUGAGUGAAAUGGAACUGGAGGAUGUGUUGGCCCUAGACAACAGUGUGAUGAAUGAGCUCAAUGAGAACGCCAGGCCCAGCAAUCCCCUGAGAGUACCUUACCUGUACAUUGCAAGGCUCAAGGAUGGUCUCAGUGGAUACUUAAUAGAAAGACACGUGAAGAACGUCACACUCCUGGUCUGGGCCAAUAGACACCUGCAGCUCAUAGCCCAGAAGUUGUAUCUGCAGGAUGACGGCGACCUGCGUGAAAUGCACGCCAUCCUGGCAGAUUACUUUCUGGGAGUCUGGUCAGGGGGCAGGAGGAAAGCUUUCUGCCUUGAGGACCCCUACUUGAACGGCUGCCUUGACCCGGAGAGCAGAAGCUUGCUUGAGGAAGAGAAGCACUUCAUGGAACAGGCUUCCUUUGAUAGGCAGGCUCCAGACCAGCCCUGGGUUUUCCAGUGUAAUCCACUGGAGCCUGACAUCUUCUUCGUCAAUCAUCGGAAAAUGUCUGAGCUCUUGCACCACCUGACAAGGUGUGGAAAAACCGAUGACCUGCUUUACGGGAUCAUCAUGAACUUCAGCUGGCUUUACACCAUGAUCAAAAUCGGCCAGUUUGACAAAGUGCUUUCAGACAUCGAGCUGGCUUACAACUACUCACAAGAGAAGGAGCUGAAGUUCCUGGCUAGCACUCUCCGCGGCAUCAAAACCAAGGUCACUGCGUUUCCGGGCUCGCUUUCCGCAGAGCUUCAGCAAAGGCUGCUGCCUGUUGUGAGUUCCCUACCCAAACUUAGACAUCUCCUUUUAGAAUGUGACAAAGAUGGGCCCAAAUAUUGCUCCAUUGUGCCAUUACAUUCAUCCAUGGAUGUGACAUAUAGCCCAGAGCGUCUCCCCUUGUCCUCUAGUCACCUUCACGUCACCGAGAUUCUGCCUACCUGUAACCCCAGUACUGUCCUCACAGCUCUAGAGAACGGCUCCAUCAGCACCUGGCAUGUGGAAACCCGUCAACUCCUCCGGCAGAUCACCACAGCCCAGUCUGUCAUCCUGGGCAUGAAACUCACCAGUGAUGAAAAGUAUCUUGUGGUGGCCACGACAAAUAACACCUUGCUGAUUUACGACAAUGUAAACUCGUGUCUUCUGUCUGAAGUGGAAAUCAAAGGCACCAAGCACGGAAGCAGCUCCACCUACAUCAAUGGUUUUACCUUGUCCGUCAACCACGCCCUGGCAUGGCUUGAAGCCAGCAAAGAUGUCACCGUCAUCGAUCUGCUCUACGGGUGGCCCCUUUACCAGUUCCACUGCUGGUACGAAGUGACCUGUGUCCAGUGCUCUCUGGAUGGCAUGUAUGCUUUCUGUGGACAGUACCUGAACACCACCACCAUAUUUCAUUUAGGGAGUGGAGAAAAGUUAUGCACGGUGACUUCUGAAUUUUCCGGGGGGUUUGUGAAAUUCCUCCUCAUCUUGGACACGGCUCAAGAGAUGGUAAUGGUGGACAGCGAGGGAAGCCUUUCGGUUUGGAAUACUGAGGACAUUUCCAAUCCCCAGCUGACUGAUGACUUCGACUGCCGAAGAGAAGACAGUGAGGUGGUCAGCGUUGAACUCUCGGAGGACCAAAAUGCGAUUCUGAUCUGUAAAGCCCUCAGCAUCGAGCUCUUAGAUACCAGCAUGUGGAAGGUGGCCGAGAAGUUCAGAGCUAAGCACAAUGAACGCUUUGUAUCUGCCGUGCUGUCCAAAAACGGGGACUGCAUCAUCGCGACCAUGGAAAAUACCUCAGCUGUGUUUUUUUGGAGGCGGGACACUGGGCAAUGUAUGGCGAGCUUACAGGAAAUCUCAGGUACCAUAGUCAAGCUGGUGAAAUCCAGUCACCACAAUAUGCUGCUCUCUUUGUCAACCAGUGGUGUUCUUUCCAUCUGGGAUAUAGACAUAAUCACCGCCAUGUCCAACAUAGAUAAGACUGGGAAACCCAUCCAAAGCCUGGUGUUACCCGCCAGAGGGGAAAUCAUUUAUUCCCUCGAUGGCUCGGAUUGUGUCCAUAAGUGGAACUUCAGCAGCGGCUUCCUUGAGGCAGUUUUCAAGCACGAAGGGAUAGUCGAGCACUGCGUGCUGACAUCCUCUGGAGAUGUCAUGGUGACAUCAGAUGACAAAAGCAGUCAGUACGUCUGGCACACCAGCAGCGGCGAGAACCUCUUCCGAAUUAACGGGCAGAGAAUAUCUCAGCUGCUGAUAACCCACAAUGACCAGUUUGUGGUCUCUCUCUGUGAGGAAAAUGCCUCCAGGGUCUGGAGACUGGCCACAGGCCACAGGGUCUGUAACAUUCUGACCACUUUGCAGAAUGCCUUUAUAACCUCAGCAAAUACCUUUGUGGUGGGCAUGACCCAGAGCAAAGUGCUGGCUGUCAGUCUCUGGACGGGAAGCAUCACUAAGAAAUUCUGCUGCGAAGACGGCACCACCAUCGUGAAUUUUAAGCUGAUCCCCGACUGCCCUGACAUCAUCGUGUUUAUCACGUCAGCCGAGACAGUGAAUAUUUGGAGUCUGACAGAUGAAGUCAUCUGUCGCCGCGUGCAGCUUCCGAACAACUUCUUGAAAAACCUGGAGGAUUUUGAGAUCUCUCCCAACGGCAAGCUAGGCAUUAUAUCCAGGGGAGACGAGAAUAUCAAUGUGCUGGACUUACACAGCGGUAAACUACGGGUGGUCCACGCCUCUGGGGUCAUCUGGAGGCAGAGGCUGUCUCGAGAUGGUCGCUACCUGGUGUACAUUUGUUUCCGAAACGGGGAGGAAGAGGACGAAAACGGUGCGAUAUCCAGUCUGAUUGUAAUGAGACUGGCCGAUGGCAAAAAUAUCGGUGCUUGUUCCCUUUACAAAACACCAACUUUUCUUGCCCUCUCACAGAGACACCUCAACAUCAUAGUGGGUUUUGACGACGGGAGCAUAGGGAUAUACACAGUGGUGGACCGCGUAGACGCCGCACUGAAAAUUAAAAUCGCCACUUCAAACAGCAGACAGAUUUUCAACAACGCGACACAGGCGUCCAGGCCAAAGUGCAGUAGUUACUGUUUCAAGGUGUCUGUGGACUGCUUAUGGAGAGAGUCUACUGAGGUCUUUGCGAGAGACAGUCCCAUCACGGUGAGUGACUCCUCUGAGCCCAACGAGGUGACGCCAUCCAAGAAACACAACCCUUGCUAUGACCGGGUGGGCUCAGCCCUAGAGCCCAGGGGCCACAGCUACACCCCUGACAACUGACAAAACGUUCUUCUCACUCAGCAGACAUGCACGAUACACACACACAAGGAAGAAAAAAGGAAGUAUCUUCUGUCUCCCAAAUGAUAAACUACUCCUUUCUUUAAAGACAGGAAAGAUGCUGGAGUUCCAGCGUUCACAUGCUCGCCAAAAGGACAAACACGAAAUCGGUUUUGAGUUGGCUCUUCUU